GCUGGGCUUCUCAAGGGAACCUGUCUCGCGGCCCGGGAGCGGUGCUUCUUCCUGUGAGGGCCUCGCUGUGCGGCUGACUUCUCCUUCCGCUCCUGCGACUCCCAGGACAGCGAGAGGCAAGCGGAAGGUGCGCGGACGCCGAAGCCCGAGGGAACUGGGCAGUCGGGGCCACCACCGGCGUAACCAUGUCGCUCUGGGGGCAGCCGCUGCAGGCCUCGCCGCCUCCGGCGGUGCAGCAGCCCCUGACCGCGUCUUCGGGACCUUCGACCGCCCCUCCAGCCGGCUCAACUCUCAACCGCCUGCCCGAGCCGCUGCUGCGGAGGCUCAGCGAGAGCUUGGACCGCGCGCCGGAGGGCCGGGGCUGGCGGCAGCUGGCCGAGCUGGCGGGCAGUCGGGGACGCCUUCGGCUCAGUUGCCUGGACCUGGAACAGUGUUCUCUUAAAGUAUUGGAGCCAGAGGGAAGCCCAAGUUUGUGUUUACUGAAACUGAUGGGUGAGAAAGGAUGUACAGUCCCAGAACUGAGCGACUUCCUCCAGGCUUUGGAGCACACCGAGGUUCUGCAGCUUCUCAACCCCCCAGGCUUAAAGAUCACUGUAAACCCAGAAUCCAAGGCAGUUUUGGCUGGACAGUUUGUAAAACUGUGCUGCCGGGCAACUGGACAUCCUUUUGUACAAUAUCAAUGGUUCAAGAUGAAUAAAGAGAUCCCAUAUGGAAAUUCGUCAGAACUUAUUUUUAACACAGUGCAUGUAAAAGACGCAGGCUUUUAUGUCUGCCGAGUUAACAACAACUCCACCUUUGAAUUUAGCCAGUGGUCACAGCUAGAUGUGUGUGAUGUGACAGAAGUAUCAGACAGCUUCCAGGGAAGUCUGGAUGGCGUCUCAGAAUCCAAGUUGCGAAUCUGUGUUGAACCACAGUCCCAAAAGCUGGCGCCAGGCAGCGCGUUGCUGUUACAGUGCGUCGCCAUUGGAAGCCCUGUGCCCCACUACCAGUGGUUUAAAGACAAAUCACCAUUAGCACACGAGACAAAAAAGCAUUACACGGUUCCAUAUGUGGACCUAGAGCAUGAAGGAACCUACUGGUGUCAUGUAUAUAACGACCGGGACAGUCAAGAUAGUAAGAAGGUAGAAAUCAUCAUAGGAAGAACAGAUGAGGCAGUGGAGUGCACUGAAGAUGAAUUAAAUAAUUUGGGGCAUCCUGAUAAUAAAGAACAAACUGGCCAGCCUUUGGCAAAGGACAAAGUUGCUCUUUUGAUAGGAAAUAUGAAUUACUGGGAGCACCCCAAGCUUAAAGCUCCAUUGGUGGAUGUGUAUGAAUUGACCAACUUAUUAAGGCAACUAGAUUUCAAAGUUGUUUCAUUGUUGGAUCUUACUGAAUACGAGAUGUGUAAUGCUGUGGAUGAAUUCUUACUACUUUUAGACAAAGGAGUGUAUGGGUUGUUAUAUUAUGCCGGGCAUGGUUAUGAAAACUUUGGGAACAGUUUUAUGGUCCCUGUUGAUGCUCCAAAUCCGUAUAGGUCUGAAAAUUGCCUCUGUGUACAAAACAUACUGAAAUUAAUGCAAGAAAAGGAGACGGGACUGAAUGUGUUCCUGUUGGAUAUGUGUCGGAAAAGAAAUGACUACGAUGAUACCAUUCCAAUCUUGGACGCACUGAAAGUCACUGCCAAUAUCGUGUUUGGAUAUGCCACGUGCCAAGGAGCAGAAGCCUUUGAAAUCCAGCAUUCUGGAUUGGCAAAUGGGAUUUUUAUGAAAUUUUUGAAAGAUAGAUUAUUAGAAGACAAGAAAAUUACUGUGUUACUGGAUGAAGUUGCAGAAGAUAUGGGUAAAUGCCACCUUACCAAAGGCAGACAAGCUCUAGAGAUUCGCAGCAGCUUAUCUGAAAAGAGAGCACUGACCGAUCCAAUCCAGGGAGCUCCUUGCUCUGCAGAGGCUCUGGUGCGCAAUCUACAGUGGGCCAAGGCUCACGAACUGCCAGAGAGUAUGUGCCUUAAGUUUCAGUGUGGUGUUCAUAUUCAGUUAGGAUUCGCUGCUGAGUUCUCCAAUGUCAUGAUAAUCUACACAAGUAUAGUCCACAAGCCACCUGAGAUAAUAAUGUGCGACGCCUAUGUUACUGACUUCCCUCUUGACCUAGAUAUUGAUCCAAAACAUGCCAAUAAGGGGACUCCGGAAGAAACUGGCAGCUACUUAGUGUCCAAAGAGCUCCCCAAACACUGCCUCUAUACGAGACUCAGCUCCCUACAAAAACUAAAGGAACAUCUGAUCUUCACAGUCUGUUUAUCCUACCAGUAUUCAGGACUAGAAGACACUGUGGAAGAGAAGCAGGAAGUGAGUGUCGGGAAACCUCUUAUCGCCAAGUUAGACAUGCAUCGAGGACUGGGCAGGAAGACUUGCCUCCAAGCCUGUCGCAUGCCUGAUGAGCCUUGCCACAGCUCCACCUCUACCUCAGCGGGAGCAGGGCACUUCCAUUCCUCCCAGGACUCCUUCCACGAUGUGUACCAUUCUCAGCUCGGCAACUCAGACAGUGCUAUGCCACCAGACAGGUGCCAUUGCAGCCGGACUCCACAUGCCUUCAUUUCCAACUAUCCCCCCCACCACUACUGCCAGUUUGGUAGAAGUAAUGUGCCUGUGGAGACGACUGAUGAAAUGCCGUUCAGUUUUUCUGACAGGCUUAUGAUUUCUGAAAACUGACCUUCAUGUUUUUGAAAAUUAGAAUAGUUAGAGUAAACUCACAUAAUUUAACACUUAUAAAUAAGGUGUGGUGAAAAGGUAAAUGUGUACGUAUGGAGAGAAAACUAGCGACUGUUUUUAUAGCAAAUUCUCAGGAAUAUGAGACUUUAGAAUUACAUUAUUUAAGCUGGGCAGUGGUGGCACACAUCUUUAAUCUCAGCACUCAGAAGGCAGAGGAAGGGGCAGAUCUCUGAGUUCGAGACCAGCCUGGUAUACAUAGUGAGUUCCAGGGCAGCCAGAAAUACAGAGAAAUCCUGCCUAACAAAAACAAAAGCAAAAAAAGAUUACAUUAUUUAACCAGACUCUCUUGCUUUUGUCCUGUUUUAAGACUUUGUGAAUUAAUUUGUUCUGUAAAAAUG